GUUACUGUAUAAGUGUGUGCCAAAAGUGUGUGGGAUUUUUUGUUCGAAAUGGGCGAUUGGGAAUAUCAGAAAAUGUACCCCCGUCUAAAAAUCCAGAUCAACAUGGUUCAAAAUUCGAAUGAUGUUGGAGAGCCCAACAAAGUAAAUGGAGACGCAUCCAUGACUUAUAUACAAGAUGUAGAAGUAAUUGACAAGAACGGCGAUGGGAAAUUAAGGAAAAAUUUAUCCAACAUUUCAAUGACUUCGAAAAAUUCGAAAACAAGAUUUUCGGACAAUGGAGAUGAUAAUCCUAGAUCGUGGUGGUAUGCUUUCUGCCUGAAAUGCCGCUCGAAAGAAUCGACUCCAGAAACCUGGGAACCGAAAUACUGGUCCUUUCUAUGUCCGUAUCCAUUUUUCCCGGACUAUCAGACCUUUUCCAGGUUCAUCUCUCUGGCGCUGGUCGGGAUCGUGGCUUGGAUCAUAAUCUAUACCAUUGUAGGUGAAAUAGCUGCCCCUCCAAGCGGUAAACUGUUUCAGCUGCUCAUUUUGGUGUUAGGAUCCAAGUUUGGCGGAUGGCUGGUGAGCCUCACCAGUCUGCCUGGGCUCAUCGGAAUGCUCUUCACAGGAAUACUGAUGCAGAACGUCAAUAUUGUAGACAUAGAUAGUUCGUUUCAUCCUAUAACUAGGCAUUUAAGGAGAAUGGCUUUAGUGAUAAUUUUAAUCAGGGCCGGUCUAGACCUGGACCCGGCCGCCCUCAAGAGACUCAAAUUCACUGUGAUCAAACUAGGAUUAGGACCGUGGCUCAUUGAGGCGGUCGUGGUGGCCGUCAUGUCGCACUUCCUGCUCGCCCUGCCCUGGGACUACUGCUUCGCGCUGGGCUCCACAGUGGCGGCGGUGUCCCCCGCGGUCACCGUGCCAUGUUUAUUAAGACUGAGAUCAAAAGGUUACGGGGUAGCCAAGGGUAUCCCCACCAUGAUCAUUGCCAUAGCCGGUAUAGACGACGCCGCAUCCGUGGCCUUGUUCGGCAUAAUCAAGAGCGCCAUGUUCUCAUCGGGAUCAAUGACGCACGUCAUCUUGGAGGCGCCAAUAUCCAUCAUAGGAGGCAUUGGAUUCGGCGUCCUGUGGGGUGUCAUUUGCUACUUCUUCCCAGAAAGGAACGAUCCAUACGCGACUCACCUCAGAAUCCUACUCCUGUUCGUCGGUUGCUCUGUUUCCGUUUUCGGAAGCGACACCAUUGGAUACGGAGGUGCCGGACCUCUGGGCUGCGUCAUCGGUGCCUUCACAGCUCUGGUACUGUGGUCCAAGCAGGGUUGGAGCGUCGAGGACAACCCGGCCAAUGAAGGGUUCGAGAUACUGUGGAUGGUAUUCGAACCCAUCCUCUUCGCGGUUACUGGUGCCCAAAUCAAGCUGAACGAAUUGGACGGACAUAUUUUAUUGUUAGGUUUUGCAAUUUUGUCUACCGGUAUCAUUAUCAGAUUGGCCGGAACCAUAGCUUUGGGAAUAGGAUGCAAGCUGAACUUGAAAGAAAAAGUAUUCGCCGGAUUUGCCCUUAUGUCUAAGGCCACUGUACAGGCUGCCUUAGGCCCAGUUCUUCUAGUCCUCGCCACAGACACCACCUCCCCCCAAUUCGAAUACGCCCAGAAGGUGCUUAUGGUGUGUAUCCUGUCCAUCAUGAUGACCGCUCCCGUCUCUGCAGUGCUCAUGACCGUCCUAGGACCGAUCCUGCUCCAAAAGACCACGACCCCCUUCAGAGCCGACGCCAGCCUCGGAGCCUCCCGCCACUCGAUCAGAAGCCUCAGAAGUUUGACUGUUGAAAAGGACGUCGAGAACGAUUUGUCUUCGCUGGAGGGGAAAUAAAUCUGUAGAGUUUUGUGAUAUUACCUCGUAGUUAGUUUAAGUGUAGUGAAGUUAUAAGAAAAAUGUCAAUGUAUUAUUUGAUUUGGUCCGAAAUCUAGCAAUUUUUGGCUAGAAGUAAAAAAUAUACGUAGUGUUUUACGGCGAUUGUAGGUUAGUCGUUAUGAAGAAUCAAGGAUAAGACUUUUUUGAAAAUUUGAAUUUUAAAUAAAUCUACUUGCUGCAUCUAUAUCACAUUUUUGGAAAUUAAAGACUAUUAAAGAAAAUUUUAAGUACUUUCCUAUAUUAAGCCUAGUUCAGACACGCCUAGUAAUUUGGUCGAGUAGCGAGGAAUUUAGUAAUUUAGUGCGUGCGGACGGUAAAAAUUAGUAGAGUAGUUUAGUGUAGUAGUUUAGUCUAGGGGUCGUCAUUUUCUUGACAACUUCUUUAUCUUGUCUUGAUUUCAAGACAAGAUCAAGACAAGAAAUGAUUUUUGGUUUUCAAGACAAGACAAGAAAUUACUUGUCAAGAUGAAGAUUUCUUGACAAGAAAUCAAGAAAAUCUUGAAAUUUCUUGAAAAUAUAAAAU